CUCUGGCUGGGGGACGGGAAGCGCGCCGGAACCUUGGUGUCCCGGCUGCCGGGAGCUGGCGGGUCGCUAUUGGGGGCGGUACCCGCUGUUGCCCUUGAGCUGGUGGGGCGGGUGCGUCGCUGUGCGCGGUCCGGGCACCAUGGUGUUCUUGCCCGAUGAGUCGCGGGGGCUCCCGCCGCCCCCCAUCGUGAACAGGAACUCGGUGUGGCUGGGCCUGCUGGGCUGGGGGUCGGCGCUCCUGGACAACGCCUUCCGCCGGCGCCCCAUGAUACGAGCUGGAUUUCACCGUCAGGCCCUGUGUUUCACCGUGGGCUGGUGUGUUGGAUAUUAUUGCAGUAAACGUGCAGACUAUAUUUAUGCUAAACUGGACAGAGAGCUGAUGGAAUACAUUAGGCAACAUCCGGAAGAUUUUAAGGAGAAAGAUAAGAAAACCCUAGCUGAAGUGCUGCAUAAAUUCUAUCCAAUUCGCUGAAAACUUCUCAAGAACUACAGACUUGUUCAGCAGAUCGUGUUUCGUGAGACCACUCCCAAAUAUAUUUGAGCAGACUGUAUGUCAGUUAUUGUUCAAAUGAAACUGGUUGAAAAACAAAA